AUGCCUGAUGCUCUUAAUACCGUUUUUGGCUAUGUCCUUAUGGGUCCCUGUAGUGCGGUUCCUAUGGCAUCUGCCACCUCGUUUUGUCACGUGGAUCAAAUGGUUUCAUUGGAGGAGUCUGUAAAGCAGUUUUGGAGUUUACAAACUGUUCCUGAAGUAGAAUGUUCAGCUCCUGAAGUAGAAUGUUCAGCUCCUGAAUAUAUUCUUUGUGAGAAAAUUUUUGUUGAGAAUGUUUGUGGAGACGGCUCUGGUCGUUAUACCGGUGCUUUACCUUUCAGGGAAUUAUCUCCUGUUUUUCCAGGAAUGUUUGAGUUAGCUGUCAAUCGUUUUCUUUCAUUAGAAAAAAGGCUUUUGAAAAUGCAUACUGUUUAUCAGGAAUAUUGUACCUUCAUGAAAGAUUAUUUGGAUUUGCAUCAUCUGGAAAUAGUGUCAGAAACUUCUCAACCUUUGUCUUGUUACUAUAUUCCUCACCAUGCUGUAUUAAAACCGGAUAGUUUGACUACCAAGUUGCUAGUUGUAUUUAAUGCUUCUGCUCGAAUUGGCAAUCAGAAUUCUCCUAAUCAAUGCUUGUUUACUGGAAAGAAACUACAACAAGAUAUUUUAACUAUUUUAUUGGGUUUUCGACUUCAUAAAUAUGUCUUAUCCACGGAUAUUAAGCAUAUCUAUAGGCAGAUACGAGUUGAUAAAAGUCAUUGUGAUUAUCAGAGGAUUGUUUUUAGAGUCUCUCCUGAUGAAGAGUUACAAGAAUUUCGGCUAUUAACAGUAACUUAUGGUGUAUCGUCUGCUUCUUUUCUUGCUUUAAGGACUUUGUUGCAGCUGAGUGAAGAUGAAGGGAGAGAGUUUCCCCUUGCCGCUGAAGUCUUGAGUACGAUUACUUAUGUUGAUGAUAUUGUUUGUGGUGGUGAUACCUUAUAA